CAGGCCCAGCUCAAGGCCUCAAUCCUCCCUCAGUUGUACGUCAGCCACCGGGGUAUAAACACCUGUGCGCACUUCACUCCCUCACCACUACCACCUGUGGACUCUGCUCACGUCUGUCAAUCACAUCCGUUAACACUAUCUACAGUUAGGUAACAUCAAGGUAACAGCAGAAGCAGUAACAAGUAACCCUAGGAGCAGCAGCAGUAAAAACAGCGGAAAUGGGCAAAUGUGUGGCAUACGUCGCGGCAUCUGUGGUGUUGCUGGGUAUAAAAGCUCUGGUGGCCGGAUUAGCAGUAUGGUACUCGCAUGAUCGUAUGAAUGAAGCUCUUUCUUCCCAGAGUCGCACUGCUGGGUGUUUGCUAUCGGCCACCGACUUGGGAGAAGGUGUGUCGGGCUAUCUCACCCUCAACCAGCGCCGGCCUGGUACCUUCGUCCACAUCACUGGCAAUAUCUCCCACCUGUCAGAAGGACUUCACGGGUUCCACAUCCACGCCUGGGGGUGUGCCGGAGCCGGUGACGGUUGUCGGGACGUCAAGGGCCACUACAACCCCGAUAACAACAACCACGCUACACUCCGCCAUGUUGGAGAUCUGGGCAACAUACUGAGCGAGAAUGAUGGCUCAAACCAGACCAUUGCCUUCAUCGAUAUCAAGGACCACGUCAUCAGCCUGUGGGGGGAGAAGUCCAUUGUGGGUCGGUCCAUUGUUGUUCACGCGGGGCAGGACGACCUUGGUCUCGAGGGCACAGAGGCGUCUCUGAAAACUGGAGACGCUGGGGGUAGACUGGCCUGUUGCACCAUCUACCUCACCCCUGAAUCUUCGAUGUAGAUGAAUCUAUAAGUAGACGGAACCUUGGUAGACAAGUCAUAUUGUUGAUCUUAUUUUCCUUGUUGAAUGACAGCUUUAUCCUCUCUUGUCACUGAUAUGUCUGUUAGCCACUUGGGCGAGCGGACACGUCACUUACUCACCGUUGGCAAGUACUAGGCAUGCACUGACUCCAAAAUAUUUCUGAACCUGCACCUGUGUUGACCAAGUCUGGUCAUUAUAAAAACAACUCACACCUGAAUCUACUUUGUAUAUAAGAAUUGGUAGAUGAAACCGCUAGUAGUUAUACCUAGGUGGCGAUGACUGACACAUUGACAUAGGCACCCUAAGUUUGGGUCAGCCUCCAUAAACUGAACAGGGAUAAAAGCAAAUAAUGAAUCUCAGUACAA